AUGGAAGAAGCUUCACGUCAACGCAAAGAGCGUUUAGAAGCUACGCGCAAACGAAAGCUUGAAGCUUCAAAAUCUGAAGAACAAACUGUUGAUGACCAAGAUUCUAAUACUGUAAAAAAACCCGUAUUAAAAUUUCGUAAUUAUACUCCAACAAACGAAGAAAUAAAAGCUGCUGCCAAAGUUCAUAUAGCGACACCAAACGAUUUAGAUGAAACUUUAGAAAAACAUGUGGAUCAAAUUACAAAAGAGGUGGAAGAAGCUGAAAAGGCAAAACGCGAGGAAGAAGUAGAUUUGUUUAAUUUGGCACCAAAAAAACCAAAUUGGGAUCUUAAACGUGAUGUAGAAAAAAAGUUAACAAAGCUUGAAAGAAAAACACAAGCUAGUAUUGCCCGUUUAAUAAAGGCAAGACUUCAAAAUGAGUCGAUUGAAAAUACCUCGGUUGGUCUGGUUGACGCUGUUAAUGCGCAACAUAAAGCUGAUUUAGAUGAUAAUGACUCUGAUUAA